GUAGGGAGAUAGGCGUGGUUCGACGUUCGUACGUGCACCCACGCGCGAUGGUGUGCGUGCGCGUACCUCGCGCCUAUUGCUCUCGGUUAGGCUGACGCGACGCCUAAGAGAGGGGACCGGUCUUCGAAGCCGGAGAGCUGGUACCGAAGAGUCGAGCUGGUGGGGCCAGCUGGCACGGGUUAAACAUCGAACGGCGGAGGGGACCUAAGGUCCGUGGGACAUGAAAGUCAGUGGGGGAUGCCGCGCACGUGGAGAGAGGGACGGAGGGUGGUGAACGCGGCCGAAGGUGAAACUUCCGAGCCGCCGCAGUCUCGCAGUCGGCGCGAGACCGCGCUACAGAAAGGAUCGCCGUGUUGUCGGCUGUGUGCGAGCGUGCGCCACGUUCUUUCUCCUUCUCCGAAGUGUCUAACGCGCUCUCUCCCUCGCCCCUCGUUCUUUCACCCUCGCGCGCGCGACAGUGAGAGAGAGAAAGAGAGACAGAGAGAGAGAGAGAGAGACGUACGAGGAGUCAUCGAAGCGCGAAAGGGGUUGUCCCCACCAGAGGGUUGUUUUCCGCGAGAAGACUGUGUAAAAAGCGCGCCAGCGCGUGGUGCGAUCGUCCGUCGCACGAAGGAUCGUCGUGGGACAAUUAAAGUUUGCUUCUGUCGAGCACAUCGAUAGUAGCUGUCACGCGUGACAUCCCGACGGACUAGAGAAUUCUGUGAUCUCGAUGUGCCUGAUUGAUCUCGCUAGCCGGCCGCAGUGUUAAUUGUGUCCCGCGCGAUCGAAUUUCCGAUCUAAGGAUACUUAAGAAAGAGAGAGAGAGAGAGAGAGAGAGGAAGGGAGAAAAUUUAACGAUCUUCAAAUGCGUGGGAGAAAACAUCGUCAUCGAGAGGAGUAGUGUGCCAUUCCCGAUCUCGACGCCGGAGCGUCCGUUCAUCACACGUGAGCGAAAGGCGGAGGCUGUGAAGUGCCGCCGUUCGGAGAGAUCGGCAAAAUUUCUGUGUGUAUGUGCUAAUGCAAUGUGAUCGACGCUCGCUCGUCGAGCGAUCACGCAGCUUGCCGUUGUUGUUCGUUGUUAUUUCCGUUGUAUAUCGACUCGAGUGUUGUUCCGACGGUAUUAACGCCGCGAACUGUGCGCCCGCACGACGACACGGCCCGGACGUUCGAUUGUUGCUGUGAUAAAGAGAGGAAGAGGAUGGUCUCUGUAUAAGCUAAGUUCAGUGCCUGCUGUAUUGUGAUUUGUGACUAUAAGGAGAUAGAUAAGAGAGGAGGGGUGUCCGGUACGCCGAUUAAAGUGUCCCAAGGUAGAGGAGGUAGAGGAGGUUGAAUCUCCGGAGGCUCGGAUGCGCGGCAGCCCCUAACUGUUACCCGGACGAGGUGGGUGGUAGUACGGUGGUAGCCGAGGGUGUCGUAGGUGGCAUAAGGGGCCCAGGCGGCGGGUGCCGCGUAUCCUCGAUGACGAUGGCCGAGAGCGCCGUGGAGGACGCCGCAGCCGCGCCCCCGGGCCCGGCCAAGCCGCCACCACCCUCCUGUACGAACAAUAAUACCCUCGCGGCGACAGCCAACCGCAACCACCGAAACCCACGCAAAAAACGAAGACGACUGGAACAGGUAGUGGACACGUUACAGGCCCAUCGCAGUUCACCAUCCGAAGGUGAGGUGUUAAAGUUUGAAAGCAGCGGUCCCGUGUCCGAGGAGGAAGAUGUCUUUGGCUCGCCCAGGUCGUCGUCCUCGCGAUCCGCUGUGGAUACUACAGCGGUGAUUGGCCAAUUGCCAUUGAGGUUGAAGGACGCGGAAGCGGUGACAUCAACCGAAGAGGAACUCAACGAAAUCAGUCAACAAUAUCAUCAUCCUCACCGACCAUAUCGCUAUUCAUAUCAUCAUCAUCAUCAUCAUCGACAUCGUUAUUCGCCUUAUCAAAACAACCACCGAUUGUCGGCGACAAAGUACUCCGACUGUAUGUGCAGCCAGUGCUCACAGUCGUUGGCUGCAUCGGCAGCGAUGAUGCUGCCAACAGCGACGUCUCUGCAGACACCACUGUCGCGAACCAGUUUCACAUACAGCAGUAUAUGCGGUACAUAUAGCAUAUUCGAGCAGUACAUGCAUACUAAGUACCUGUCGUCAUCGUCGUCGAGCGACACCUUCCGCGGACGCAGUCACUCCGAUUCAGAUGUUGUGCCCAGGUGGGAUGAAACGUGGGUGCCAGCCGCGACCACUUCCUUUUCCUCUGUUGUCAACCAUCCCCCGCGAAGUAGCUCUCUCGAGAGCGACAGCACGAGUCCUCAAGAAUCACCGUUGGAUCUCUCCAUGAAAAAUCUGAUGCUGCAGUCUACUGCAGCCGCUUCAGCGGUCUCUAAUAGAUCACCGUCUCUUCAACUGUUACCGUCCGGCAUCGUAACGCGGGGCUCCGUCAGCGUACCCGUAGUCAGGGGCGACGUCGCAUCACCCACGACAAAGGAAAGUGUUGCGGUACGGUACAAUUUAGAGGUUUUACCCGUCGUUGAAGAAAUGGCACCGGGCGCAGACGUGGCUUAUGUCUGUCCAGAAUGCGGACAGAUGUUCAGCUUGCAUGAUCGUUUGGCAAAACACAUGGCAUCCAGACAUCGUCGGCAAGGUCUUCACGAUGCCUCGGCGAAGGCGUACCUUUGCGACGUGUGUCAGAGGAGUUUUGCGAGGUCAGAUAUGUUAACUAGGCAUAUGAGACUGCACACCGGUGUCAAACCCUACACAUGCCGGGUUUGCCGACAGGUGUUCAGUAGAUCUGAUCAUCUUAGCACCCACCAACGAACCCAUACUGGUGAGAAACCAUAUAAAUGCCCGCAGUGUGCCUAUGCAGCCUGCCGCAGGGAUAUGAUCACCAGGCAUCUGAAAACCCACAAUCGGUGCGCGGACGGUCCUAUUCCGAAGACCGAACCUGGUCUACUCGCGGGUGAGGAAUGUCCCACUUUUGAUCAGAACGUGGCGGCCGCGCCGUCAGCAGUUAUCAAGGCUGAAUGACAACGAUCGAUCGGAUGACCCUGGCUGCACUCUAGUUCCAGAUCUCAGCGAGGACAUCGCGCCAGGAUCGAUCGAGGGUUCUUAGGAACCUUCGCGAGUCGAUCAGGACUCCGCGGGAACAUGUUGAGAGAACGAAAUCGUCGCUCUACAACCUCCAUGACAUUAGCCGAACGUUAGGAAGAAAUUGAUGCUUGGAGACAUCGCAAUUUUGAUGGAACAAGAAAAUUAGCAAGAAGGAAGAUUUGUUGUCGUAAUUCGAUUUCGCGAGAAUUCCGACGGACACUAAUAAGAGUCUGUGAUCGAGUUUUUGGAAUGAUUAUUUUGAAAGAGAUUGCUGCUAGGCGCGUUAAUUUCAUUCUUUCGCUGCACACUAAAGUCUUUUUUUCUGCAAGAAAGUUUACAAUAUAAUUGUAGUGAUUUAAAGAAUUUGUUAAUAGGUUUAUAUUUAAACCUGAUGAUUGUUUCUUCCCUUUUCUUUUUACAUUUAUCAUAUUUUAUAAAUAAAAUAUAUUAAUAGAGUGUGUGUAUAUAACAUUAUUUAAAAAAGUGACUUUUUUGUUUCAAGAUUACUAUAAGUUUUUACGAUCCUUUAUCGUAUUUAUAAACUUGAAAUUAUCUUCUCAUGCGCUCAGCGAAAGAAUUAAAUUCGCACGUCAGAAGCAUCAUGGAGAGCUGAAUGAUAAAAAUGAACUUCGCUCCUGUGAGUAUUACAUUGUAUUAUUUAUCAAAAAUAAAUUACUUUUUGUUUUUUUUUUGCGGAUUGCCUAAAAAAUCAUCAUCCUUUCAUGCGUCACAUGCGAUCAUGCGCAUUAACAAUGAACAAUGCCGAACAGUAUUAUUAUAGUUUUUUCAAUCUUCGCAUCUAAUCUUGUUCCCGCGAUUUUAGUACUUUUCAUUCUUCCUAAUAUUUUAUCGUGACACAUGAUCGUAACUACAACUUCGGCUAAGGAACAAUCCGAGAUCAAUCUAAUUGCAUGCACCAAAGAGGUAUAUGUCAGAAAUAAAUUUCUAAUUUAUCAUCGAACUUAUUUCUCGUCUCAUUUGCAAAUUAUAUAUUUUUAUAUAUACCAGUGAUAUUUUUAAAAUUUAGAAAUUUUCUCAAAGUUUAAUCUUAUUCUUUUAAAUAUCAGAUUUAAUUGUCAGCUGUGUCGUUUGUUGUUCUCGGAGAUUUCUUGAAUGUCAUGGAAAAAACAUAGCACCUAGUCGGUUGCUCUCUUUGUACAUCUUUUGCUUUCGCGUUCUCGAUACAUAAAACUAAGACACACACAUACACAAGCUGAAAAUAAAGCAUUCCUGCUCGGCCGCACAAGUGCAGGCCGCGUUGCACGGAGAUACAUGAAAGCGGUGCUUAAAGCUUAAAGGCUCGGCGUUAGAAUCGAAUCGUGUUUUUAUUGUGCUCAUAAAACGACCACGUGUCCAAUAAUACUAUAUGUACAUAAUCAAUUAUACCGCGCGUCAUUUCUUCGCGAAAGACUUUCCUAAUCUUUAACAUUAACACUGUGAAGAAAUCUGGAACGUAGCCCGUCGGCGACGCGAACAUACGUGCCAAAUUUUAGAUGAAUAUUUCGGACAUGCGAUUUACACACGCAUCAACCCCAGUAAACUGCAUAUCGAGGUCUAAUGAAAUCCGUAAUUUGAAUACAUUGUUAUUUUUCGUUUUUCUCAUUUCGCGUUAUCAAAUUUUUUAGCUAAAAAAAUAUAUUAGAACACAAGUUAUUUUUCAGAAUUGAAUACGAUUUAAAAUUAUAUUAAAUUAAUAGUGUCCAAGAUGUAACAAAAGACAGAAAAAAUUCAUUAGACCUCAGUGUAUGUGAGCAGUUGUAGAGAGAGUAAUACUGUUUAGAACAUAUCUGUCGGUCGAGCGCGAUUUGCGAGACGGAGAAAAACUAUUGGUGAUGAGAAAGAGAAUAAUAUCGUCAAUAAUCCCGAAAGGAAACAAAAUAUUAGAAUAAAAAAAUCAAUCCACGAGAUAAUUUCUCUGAUUGAAAGUUUAUUUUAUCACCAAUAUGUUUCUCACGUGUCCAUAUGUGUAAAUAGCGAGUCGCCAUUGGUAACCUCGUCGAUUCGCCCGAAACCUGCUCAAGUUGUUGUUACUUGAAAACUUGUUAAGAUGGCUUCCUAUAGAAGUCAAAAGAAGCAAAACAGUGAUGUAGUUGUAAAUGUAAUCGCGAUCAUUGUUUUGCGAUGGACAUUUUGUUAGUGCGAACUUGGGAAAUCGCCCAAUCGCAAAAAUAAGAACAAUGUGAAAAAAAUAAACGUAUUCGUACCUGCAGAAAGAGAGAGAGAGAGAGAGAGAGAGAGAGAGAGAGAGAGAGAAUAAGAGAGAGAGAGAGAGAGAAAGAGAGAGAAACAAUGUUAAAGCAUAAUAAAGCGUAUAGAAAUAACGUUAAUUAGUGAGUAAUAUUAUUGACACUAUUAUUGCGUUUUAUUAUUGUAACUAUUACGAUUAUAGUUAUUCGCGCCGCCGCACACCGAUAGGGAAAUACAAUAUUUUUUUAUAUAAUGCAUUUGAAGUAUGUGUGGCUUCGCAAAAGGCUUCGAGUACGUGGAUGCGAAGUUCAGUUUGAAAGAAGAAAGUUGUUCUCACCUCGAAAUUAAUGCUAAUUAAGUAAUGUCGAACACCGCGAGAGACGAUAACAUCGACGUCAGUUCUUUACGUUAUCGAGAAACGAACGCUCAAAUUGACGCGAUCGAUAAAGUCUCUUUGAACUUUUUUUUACAUUUUCCUGUAGAAGCUAAGUGUACGCGAGCAGCGGUCGUUGCGACGCAAUUAAUCGAAACUGGUUGUGGUGCUUAAGCGAAGAGGGCGAAUCCGACAGGUAUCUUUGCGCUGUGAAUCGACGAAGACAAUCUAAAAGUAUACUCAAGCCAUGAUCUCCGUACGGAUAAGGUCGCCAAACCGAGUGAAUGGCGGAUUGAAUCCGCUAAUGUCAUAAUAGAGCUAUAAAUGACGAAAAAUAUACGCCAUUAUUUUUACGAAUAUUUUUCCCACACAAUUCUAAUUGUAAAAAUAAAAACAUGUUUAAGAAUUAAGUGUGAAUGAAAAUUAGAAGAAAACAAAAACAAAUAUGAUAAAAUAAACGAGAUGCUCGCUCCUUAAAAUGCAAAUAAAUAAAAUUUUAUCUCGCUGUUCGCUCGGUCCCGCGAAUAAGUUCGUCUCUCGUUUCGGAAACGUCAAUUCCACAUAGUUUUACGAUAGUCAUAUGGUGACUCGUUGAGCAGCACGCGCCGACAUAAUACUCGAGCUUACUCGAUCGUUUCGUCCUUCUUAUCCUAUCCGUAUGUAUAUUUGUGUACUUCCCCGAUGUGUCUCCUAUUCCUCGUUGAAAAAAAAAAGGUAAAAGUAUCAGCGCGCGCUGAUACACGCGCGUGGCAUGCAAUGCAUAGAUACGUAUCCCUGUAUUUUUGUAUAUCGAGAUUUUUUCUAAUUACCUAUUUACCGGUUAAGCGUUUUCAGAGGAUGAGUAAGUAGCUAUUAAGGAGAAAGUAUUGUCGCUCUCUGCUUGCCAUUUUACUUGCCCCCUUGAUCGAACGAUUGCUUGGAAAGCGGUGUUUAUCGUGCGGUGCGACGCGCGAGGGAGGAUCGUCGAAUCUGAGGACACUCGUUUUGUUCUUUAAUCGAUAAUAGUCGCAAUACUUAUUCGCGCGGCAAUGCGACUGGCUACCGUUCUAAAAUCAAACGUAAUUUUUGUUAAUUGCUUGGCUUCAAAGCAAGAUGUAAACUAAUUCAUUAUGAAAGUGAAUUGCUUAAUAUGCUCCUAGGAUUACGAACGGAAGAAUGUACGUUGCAAUAUGCAAUAUAUGAUUAAUUUUGAAGUGCCAUUCAGUCUUCGACGCAAAUAUAUUCUUUGUUUUAAUUUAAUUUUUUUAUCUUUUCGGCAUAAUUAUCGAAACAAGAAUAUCGAGACCUCUUACUUGACAUUAUCUCUCGCACCAAUUCAGCCUUAAACUGACAGAAUCUCUUGCGUAAUAAGUCUGUAAUAAUUUAAGUAAGAAAAGACGUGAGAAAGGAACAAACACGUUCGACGCGUCUUCGGGCAGUUAAGCGAUCGCCGUGCCAGACCUGUUCUUGUAAUUAUUAACAAGUAUAGCCAUUCGUAUGAUUAUUAUUAUUUCUAUUAUUAAUAUUAUUAAUUAUUAUUAUUAAUAUUAUUAUUAUUAUCUCUAGUUACGUUGUUAAGUAAUUAAUCAUGUUUAAUGCUUCUAUUAUUUAUUUUGUUAUCCCGUUCAUGAGUCAAGCUUUCUGUUCUCUUAUCCUAUCGAUUCUUUCCUCACUAUUUCCUUUAUUCUUUUCUUUCCGUCUUAUUAAUGUUCUGUUUUACUUAUCUUCAUUUUAUUCAUUUAUCCUUUUCUGUCACUCCAUCACCGAAUCGGAAGAAGGGAGAGAGAGAAUUCAACUUGCACGAAAAACAAAAUUUGUCGUAAUCUUUGUGACGAGUAUUUAUCACGUUUCCAACAUGAAUAAGACGAAAACUAAUAUUUUGAAUCUCAAACUCAUCUCCCGUUUUUCCGAUUUACAUGGCACAAAAAAGCUUGUCUCCGAAGAGAUUUUGAUCUCCAAUUCCCAAACGAAAGCAUAUCUUUUGUAACGAUGAAACACUGAUGAAAAUUUGUGUAAAUGAUUGAUGAUGAUUGUGUACGUUAAUUUAUAAAUUAUGUUGUGUUUACGAUUCGUGCCAGAAUGGAAAAAUAUAAUUUUUCAACGAAUUAUCUCCGUACUUCGUCAUUUUCACCUAUAUGUUUCCCAUUAUUUCGUUAUUCUAUCCAUUUUUCUUUCGUUAAAAAAUGUGUGACUUACAAUAUAUUUUAAUAUAAAUCAUUUAAUUUUAAGUAACUGAACUGUGUGAUAUAUUUAUUGAAAGAUAUUUUAGCAAAUAAUAUAUAAUGAUUUCAAUUCGGACAGAAGAUUAAAGACUUGAAAUAGACUUAAUUUGCUUUUAAUUAUAAUUUAAAGCGAUUAAAUUUUUUAAAAUGAUUUUUAAAUGCUAAUUUAAUAAUUAUGUCGGAAAGUACGUGGUGCCUUGCAACGUUCGAGAACUCGUAUUUAGAAUUAUAUAAAUAGAUAAAUCAAUAUAAAGAGAUGCGAAUCUAUCGUAUCAUUUUAAGGCUGAAACAAAGAUAAUUAUGUAGAAAACAGGAUUCGAGUGAAUUAUUUUUUCAUGCGAUUUUUGGAUAAGAGAGAAUGAACUUUCCGAUAUACACGUGAUUAAGAAUUCGUAAUCUGUAUCUAUAUGUAUAUACUGGCAGUCAGUGUUGUGCAAGACAAUCGGGAUUAUUAGCUAAAUCAGAAAACGUAUUAAAUAUAUAGAAAUAUAUAUGUAACUAACGCGUUUUUGCUAUUUAGAUUAUAUGAUUUUGUCACAUAUCUUAUACAAAGCAAUUUUUAAAAACUUUUGAUCAAGGGAUAAAACUAUUUCUAAUUAUAUCGCAAAAGAAUUUAAUGAAAAAUUCUUAAUUAAUGAAUAAUUAAGAACGAAAGAGAGAGAGAGAGAGAGAGAGAGAAAAUUGCAUUUAUUUGUAUAAUGCACAACACUACUUGCGACAUUUAUUGCAGUACUGUAAAUAUUUCAAGGCCUUUAACAACAAGGGCAUACAUUCGUUUUAUCACGAUGUCAUCUUUGUAUCCUUUUCUACUGCCACGAAUUUAUAAUCCGCAUAUCUGUACAUCGAAAGAGAACAAGAACCUGUAUGUUGCUGCACUUCUAUGAUGGAAAUAUAUAUAUACACGUUACUUGUUUCUUACUAAA